AUCCGCAAAGUAAUUUUUUCUCACGUUCAGGCGGAACCUCCUACUUCCCUGUUCGUUCCCGUUCGACCCCGUGCGCGCCGUUGGACGGACGUCAUCGCGGCGCGCCGUAGGCCCGGGCGCGGCGUCGCGGGGAGAGCGGACUGGCGGGACGAGGCUCUCGCCAUGUUCGCGGAGAGGCGCCCUGGCCGAGGCAGCGAGGGCAUCGAGUUGUCAGCAGAGGUCAAACCAUUUGUUCCAAAAUAUGCAGCGGUAACUGUGGCAUGGUCAGAACCCUCAGCAGCAUGUGUCUUUCCUAGGUACUUAACUACAGGCUACACAUUUGCUCAGGAACCAUCUUUGGAUAAUGUUGUGGGAGAUCCUGCAUUAAAUGAAUACUCCAGCAGCUCUUGCUCACCUGAUGUUGUUUCAAAUACAAAUCCAGUAGCUGCCUCACAGUAUCAUUCAAAUGAGUCAACAUACUGUAAUGAUUCCAGAAUAGUCAGUGAAUCUGCAGAACAAAAGUAUCCAAUCAGACAAGAAAGUAAGAGUCUUUUAAAGCAGAGGAAAGCAAAGGACGAUGAAAAGAAAUCAGACAAGAAAAAGCAAGAUGGACAGGAUUCUUCUGUCAGAAUUGUGAAACGGGCUGCAUUACAGACCUCUGCAGGCAGCAAAGAUUCCAUGAAGCCAGACAGGUUCAAUAAAACUGCAAGCAAGAAGUCAACUCAAGCUCCAAAAAUAGAGUCUUUUCCUGCAUUUGAAACUACUAUUUUGGAUUUCCACAAGUUGCAGAGUUUGGGAAGCAGUGAGAUGUUGAAUGUGCAUCAUAAAAAUGGACAAGCAUGUUCAGUGGAAAGUAACAUUAUGUGCCUUAGUCAACCACAGAUGUCUCCUUUGUUGAACACAGAGGAAGCCGAUUCUGUGGAAAGCAAAGCCUCAUCAAAAACUUUAAAAGAAACAGUAGCAAGCUUAAUUCCCUCUUCAUUUGAUGGUAGAGUAUUUCCUGGAACAUCUACAGAUGGCUCUGCUCAGCCGCGUGUGUCCUGGGCCAUGGUACUUUCACAGUCCCCAAAGAAAACUUUUUCAUCACCAGCAUCUGAAUGUCUCCCCAGAUACAAAGGGAAGCAGGACAGUCAAGCAAAGGCAGAAAUAAAAAAUUAUGGUAGUGAAACUGAGCUUGAAGAAGGGUCAGAAAAGAAGAAGAAAAAGAAGAAAAAGAAAAAGAAGAACAAGUCACCUGCUAAUGUAGAGAAGCCUUAUAAUGAAUCUACUACAGUGCAGGAACUGCCGAGGAUUGAGGAUGCUGAGGAGUUUCCUGAUCUGGCAGCUGCUUCUGAUCAGAGAAACAGAUUAGGAUCUCAGAAAACAUCGUUUACUUCUGCUGGCAGAAAGCAAUCUGAAGAAACAUCCAAGAGCAGUGGUAAGAAGAGUCAAAUUCCUGUGCAGUUGGAUUUAGGUGGCAUGUUGGCAGUCUUGGAGCAGAAACAGCAAACAGAGAAGUCCAAACAAUAUUCUAAACCUGUGGUGUUUUCAGUUGCUGGUGCCAUACCAUUGCUUUCUAAAGAAUCUGCUACAGCCACAAAAAAUCAUCGGUUAAACCAAGAAAAGAUGCCUCAUAACCCCUUGGAUUCCAGCGCUCCUUUGGUGAAGAGAGGAAAGCAGAGAGAAGUCCCUAAAGCAAAGAGACCAACGCCUCUUAAAAAGAUUAUUUUGAAAGAACGAGAACUGCGAAAACAGCAACACCUGUUAGAACAGACAGCAGUACCAAAGGAUGGAGGUAAUUCCUGUGUGUCUGCAGAAAAUGCUACUGAAGAUGAAGCACUUCCACAGGAUAGUCAAGCAGUUGUUCCUGUAAUGCAAGUUGUAGAAGGGCUUCUGGGGAGCACAGAGAUCAAGGAAUCUACAGAAAGCUCUAUGACUUCAAAGCAGUCAACAUCUAAUCUUCCAAAAAUCCAUAGUAGAAGAUUUAGAGAUUAUUGCAGCCAAGUACUUAGUAAAGAAGUUGACAGUUGUGUGACAGAUCUCUUGAAAGAACUGGUUCGGUUCCAAGAUCGUUUGUAUCAGAAAGACCCAGUAAAGGCGAAGAUAAAACGCAGGCUUGUUAUGGGCCUUAGAGAAGUUUUGAAACAUCUGAGGCUGAAAAAACUGAAGUGUGUCAUCAUCUCUCCUAACUGCGAGAAGAUUCAGUCAAAGGGUGGAUUGGAUGAGACUCUUCACAACAUUAUCGACUGUGCCUGUGAGCAGAAUAUACCAUUUGUUUUUGCUCUUAAUCGCAAGGCCCUGGGUCGCUGUGUGAACAAAGCAGUGCCUGUGAGUGUAGUGGGAAUUUUUAGCUAUGAUGGAGCUCAGGAUCAUUUUCAUAGAAUGGUACAACUGACAACAGAGGCCAGGAAGGCCUACAAAGAUAUGGUAGCAGCUUUAGAGGAAGAAACUGAAGGAAGACAAACAGAAACUGAACUCAGCAUCAUAACCACUGAAUUUGAAAAAAGUUGCUUAUCAGAAACUGGUAAAACUUCUCCCAAGAACAAUGAUGAGGAUAUACCAAAUUACAUUAAAAUCUGGAAGAAAAACCUUGAAGAAGAAUAUAACCCCUAUGCACUGGAACUGGAAAAGAGUGCAACUGCUGACAUGGCGGUUCUGAAUUCAGAAGAGCAUCACUAAAUGCAGAUCAUAUUCUGCUAGGCUUUCAAGUUUUAUUUUGUAAUAGAUCUACAAAUAUUUUAUCUGAAAUUAAAUAUCCAGGUAGGAGAGUGGCAAAAAAAAAAAAAAGUUUAA